CGCGCGAGCUCUCCUCCCUCACCUUGUCACGAACAUCACACCCAUCAAUCCAUCUCCUGCACACAUCUACAAUCAUGAAGGGAGCACUCAUGGCAUCGGCCCUGGUGGCCGGCGCCCAGGCUGGCGUCCACAAGAUGAAGCUCCAGAAGGUACCCUUGUCCGAGCAGCUGGAGGGCAUGGACAUCGAGACGCAAGUCCAGCGCCUCGGACAGAAGUACAUGGGCAUUCGCCCCCAGAGCCGCCUCGAUGAGAUGUUCAAAGAGACAUCCGUCCACGCCGAGAAGGGCCACCCCGUCGCCGUCGACAACUUCCUGAAUGCGCAAUACUUCAGCCAGAUUGCCGUCGGAACGCCACCACAAGAGUUCAAGGUUGUUUUGGACACUGGCAGCUCCAACCUGUGGGUGCCUAGCCAAGAGUGCGGCAGCAUUGCAUGCUACUUGCACAGCAAGUAUGACCACAGCGAGUCAAGCACAUACAAGAAGAAUGGCUCCAGCUUCGCCAUUAGAUACGGCUCAGGUAGCUUGGAGGGCUACGUCAGCCAGGACACCGUCCAGAUUGGCGACUUGAAGAUCAAGGACCAGCUCUUUGCUGAGGCUACUUCGGAGCCCGGCCUUGCAUUUGCCUUCGGCCGCUUCGAUGGUAUCUUGGGUCUUGGUUACGACACCAUCUCCGUCAACGGUAUCCCACCGCCAUUCUACAACAUGAUCGACCAAGGUCUGCUCGACGAGAAGGUCUUCGCCUUCUACUUGAGCUCCACCGACAAGGGCGACGAGUCUGAGGCCAUCUUCGGCGGUGUCAACAAGGACCACUACACAGGUGACCUCACCAAGAUCCCUCUCCGCCGCAAGGCAUACUGGGAGGUUGAUCUUGAUGCCAUCGCCUUCGGAGACCAGCUUGCUGAGAUUGACUCCACUGGCGCUAUCCUCGACACUGGCACCUCGCUCAUCGCUCUCCCAUCGACUCUUGCUGAGCUUUUGAACAAGGAGAUUGGCGCAAAGAAGUCUUACAACGGCCAGUACACAGUGGACUGCAGCAAGCGUGACUCUCUUCCAGACCUCACCUUCACUCUCACCGGCCACAACUUCACCAUCGAUGCAUUCGACUACAUUCUCGAAGUGCAAGGCAGCUGUAUCUCCGCCUUCAUGGGCUUUGAUAUUCCAGAGCCAGCUGGUCCUCUUGCCAUUCUUGGAGAUGCCUUCCUCCGCAAGUGGUACUCCGUGUACGAUCUCGAGAACAACGCUGUUGGUCUGGCCAAGGCCAAGUAAAUGUCGCCUGGUCAAGAGUCCAUUACGAUGUAUGAUGAGCAACGCGUCAGCACACGGCUGAGGAGGAGGACGAGUGACAGCCGUCAGAAGAGCUGUGGUGAACAUGGUAUCUAGAUUGUACCUAGUAAUGCAUUUCAUAGUGUGCGGAACGUGUAUGAAAAGCACUUGCACGCAGCCAUCACUGUAUUUUGACACUCUGGGAGCA